UGGUCCAUCAAAUAAACGUUUCUUGCCGCCCAGAUUUCCCCCCUGUGGUGCUGCUGGUUUUGACACGGAGGCAAACCCGAGAGAGAACUAUGAAUGAUAAAGAACUAAGGAGGGCGACAGAAAGCAAAAGGAGGCGGUUAGCCUUUGUAGUCGGGAGGAAUGCGGAAAUGUUCCUGCUCUGUGUCAAACUUAUCUGAAGGGGGUCAAGGCACAUUCAGCCAGCGUGGGAAAGCGAAGAAGAGACGGAGCUCACAGACAAGCGUUGCAUAUCCCGGGAUAAAUGGGGAAAAUAUAGUUAAAACGGGGAAAAACAGAAGAGCGUGGCUUGGAGAAUAUAUCACGCUUUUGUCCUAUGACCUCCUCCCCCAAAAGUUGCAGUAGGCACUGUGUUUUUCUGUAAGGAAUACCCCCCUCCCCCCCAGUAUUAUAGUUGCUUUGCUUGAGCUGCAGUUGCAGAGGUGGGUAGCGAGGUGGGUAGCCUACUGCUGAGGGAUGGGGGUUACAGAAGCGUGCACCAUCCGACUACCUGUGUGGCCCCGCGUGACAGUGAGGGAUCUGUGAUGUGUUGUGUCUUAGUGUGAACAUUUAUCCAAAGGGGGCAUGUUUCGUCAAUUCAUGGACACGACCGAAUGCGACUUUCACUGAUAACAUUAAAAUAAGAUGCCAGAUGUUGUGUGAUGUGAGGUAGCUAGGAGGACAAGAGAUUCAUACGCGUAAUGAAGUGGGAGUGGAUCAAGUAGAACGCAUCGGGGUUCUAGUGUUGAAAGUCGGACUACAACUAAACUUGAUGACACAAUGUUGUGGACCUCCGUUUGACCAAAAACAGACAGACAUAUAAGAUGCUACCUCUGCUACCUCUGUCUUCCUUUAACUUAGGCAUUGCACGCGCCAACAACUAUUUUCUGUGAGGAUGGCUUUGUAAAAACCCUGGCUCGUCACAUUCGUCGGGAUUCCCCGCAAUAUUCUCAACAAGAAAAAGAAAAAAGACGCAAAAAUGGACAAAGAAAGUGUAGCACAACGGUACGAGCCCGUCGCCGAGAUUGGGGAAGGUGCGUAUGGAAAGGUGUACAAGGCACGAGAUUUGAAGAACGGGGGACGCUUUGUAGCCCUAAAACGAGUUCGGGUACAGACGGAGGAGGAAGGGAUGCCCCUCUCGACCAUCCGUGAGGUGGCGGUACUGAGGCAACUGGAGGCAUUCGAACACCCCAACGUGGUCAGACUGUUCGAUGUGUGUACCGUGUCUCGGACCGACCGCGAGACCAAGCUGACCCUGGUCUUUGAGCACGUUGACCAGGACCUGACCACAUACCUGGAGAAAGCCCCUGAUCCUGGGGUGCCACCUGAAACUAUCAAAGAUAUGAUGUACCAGCUGCUGCAGGGACUGGACUUCCUGCACUCACACCGUGUGGUUCACCGGGACCUGAAACCCCAGAACAUCCUGGUCACCAGCGGAGGACAGAUCAAACUGGCCGAUUUCGGCCUCGCCAGGAUAUACAGCUUUCAGAUGGCCCUGACCUCCGUGGUGGUGACGUUGUGGUACAGAGCUCCAGAGGUGUUGCUCCAGUCCAGCUAUGCCACCCCAGUUGACCUGUGGAGUGUGGGCUGUAUCUUCGCUGAGAUGUUCAGGAGAAGGCCUUUGUUUCGAGGAAGCUCAGAUGUUGAUCAGCUGGGCAAGAUUUUAGAUGUGGUCGGGGUUCCCUCGGUGGAGGACUGGCCCCAGGAAGUAGCCCUACCACAGAGCGCCUUCUCCCCACGACCCCCUCAGCCAAUCGGAGAACUUGUCCCUGACAUGGACGAGAUGGGGAAAUCCCUUUUACUGCAAUUCCUGGCGUUCAAUCCCUCCAGAAGGAUAUCAGCGUUUGCUGCUCUGACCCACCCCUACUUCCAGAGUGUGGAUAGUGACACUAAGAAUGUGUACGCCCAGCCCAUCGGCAGCAACAAGCCCACCCUGGAGGAGAGAGCUGCCUGACAGCCCCCCAGCCCAGGACUGGACUGGCCUGACAGAGAAAGAGAGCAAUAAACAGAGACAUUUGAUUCCAAAAGGCAACAGUGCUGUCUUCCACAAUUUACUGAUUUGAAUGCUGCUUUUUAGAAUACUUAAAAACAAAAACAAAAAAAUAAACAAUGCAAGGACCCCUGAUGCUGAGAUGUACUGCCACCAGGGGAGAACCUCUGGAUGUCCAGGAGCUGUUGCCUCUUGUCUCUCCUUCCUUAGCCUAAGAAGAGGCUCCUUGUGGGGGAACACCAAGCACCAAGGGUAGGUCGGCAUGGACCUCACCUGGAGCUCACCUUCACAACAACCGAGAGAGAGGACACACACACACACAUUUUCAUCCAAUGCAGGAGGACCUCACACUGCCUAGCGUUACUUCUGGUCCAAACAAACACUUGUGUUUUGAUAUCACUGCCACCUACAGGUUGUCCUGUGUUACUGCAGGCCAGAGCAGGAUUUCUGAUGGGCUUCAUUUUAUAAGACUUUGAAUAGUGCGAACAGGAAAGACUGAAAAUGUGUGACUUUGAGUUCCUCUUAUGGCAUCCGUACUUCAGUGUCAUAAACUGUGAUGAAAUCUGAUGGACUCCAUUCAAGACUCUAUGUAUGACCUGAUGCACAGGGCAUAGUAAAGUGAUUAUAUGUUGAAUGAGGUCGAUGUACGCACUAUUCAGCACAAUUACAUUUGGCAUAAAAGCAUGAUUCUGUAUUUCCUAACUUAAUUUUAAAGUUAUUGACAGUUGAUGUCUUAUUUUCUAUUUUGUCUUAAUUUUAUUGGACUUUAACAACAUGUGGGGAUUGAAAUGUAAAUCUCUGGUAAAAUCUAGAAAAAAGACUAGGUAAAAUCCAAGGGAGGAAAGGUUUGACAAUGUGAGGCAUGUAGAAUGGAUCGGGUAAUGGACUGGUAUAGACCUAGAUACUGCACAAAUACUGUCAGUAGUGGUGAAUAGCUGGUUUGACUUACAUAUCCAGCACACUGACACUGGUAGCAGGAUAGUAGUACGGUUAGUGUAGGUGUGGGUCAGUGAAAUGUUCUUAGUUGGGAGAUGUUGUAGAGAGAAAAGGCAGGUGGAUCUGUCGGAUUCAGAGGAGGUUGAACAUUGUACCUGCUUCAUUUGGACUGGGUCUCAAUGGGUUACAUAGAAACGUACAGUGGUUCAUGUUGAAACACACCGCUGUUCUGUGUUAAGAAUGGUUGUUUUAACAGUGAUGCUCACCUUACUUAUUAUGCUCACGUUGAUUCAAUAUGACUAGCUAGAGUGCUUUCAGAGUUGCUCCCUCCACGGGAUUGGCUGAAGGCUAGUCAAGGUAAAUAGAGUUUGUUUGUUUGUAAAACUUCUUACUGCACAGUAAUACAUGUAGACCAUAACUUUUCACUCCGAUAUAUCUAGUGCUGCUAACACACAAAUACACUCAGGAUCUUAUUAGAAAUCGAAUCAGAAAUCAUUCGGACACACUUUGCACAUUCAUGAUUAGACUGCAUCAACUGUUUCAGUGGAUGAUGUUAAUGCUAUAACAUGAUUGUGUUACUAUUUUAAUAUUACAUAAUUAAUGACUGCGUGAAUCAAACUUCAUGUUUGCUACGAUACAGUAUGUUUGAUAUCCUACAUGUUUUUCAGUGUCAGGGCACACAUGGUUUAAUCUAUUACAUGAUAAAAUAAAAACCACAUGAAAGGAUUUUUGUCUGAGCUCCCAUCUCCAUGUAGCUGCAGAGUUGUUUUUACUCAUCUCUGUCCUGUCAGAUGUUUCAUGCCAUUGAUGGAUACAUUAAAGACUUCAUAUUAUAACUCUUGAGAAAUAGGGAUUGUCAAGCUUCCUUGGUAUCGGUCAGUUCAACGUCAACUGCCCUCCUAAUAAGUAGACUAUCGUCGUUGUAGUCUACAGUGUAUACACUUGAAGCGAUCACAGUAUGUUUUUGUUUGGUUUAAGAGGUUCAUUGGUCAUUUGUCAUUUAAAACACAGGACAGGAAUACCUUUGUCUAUGUAAUAGAAAAUAAUAAAAUUAUGCUUUUUUACAGCCACCUACAUGGGGGGGUCUGCCAUAGAUUUCCUACGAUUGCAGAAAUGCACAUAUGAUAGCUCUGUAUUGCAAAUACCCUUUAGCCAAUGAACAGUACUGAAACAUUUGGUAUUUUAGCACAUUUUCUAAGCUCCAAGGAUGAACGUAAAGGCCACAAAUGUAUUUGAAAUGCCCACUUGUGAUAUGGUAACUUCAUUUACAAUGAUGAUAUGGAUGUAAUGGGCGUUAUAUUUACAUGAAUAAAUGCCACCAGUGGUGAUUGCUUCAUGUUGCACCAUUUAAAUAAAACAUCCGCUUUGUAUA